AUGACACCCGCACAACUGCCUCGGCCGCUACUAUCACUCACCCGCACAACUGCCUCGGCCGCUACUAACAUCCGCACAACUGCCUCGGCCGCUAAUAACACCCGCACAACUACCUCGGCCGCUACUACCACCCGCACAACUCGGCCGCGCUCAACUAAAACAACUACCUCGGCCGCUACUAACACCCGCACAACUACCUCGGCCGCUAAUAACACCCGCACAACAACCUCGGCCGCUAAUAACACCCGCACAACUGCCUCGGCCGCUACUAACACCCGCACAACUGCCUCGGCCGCUACUAACACCCGCACAACUACCUCGGCCGCUACUAACACCCGCACAACUACCUCGGCCGCUAAUAACACCCGCACAACUGCCUCGGCCGCUACUAACACCUGCACAACUGCCUCGGCCGCUACUAACACCCGCACAACUACCUCGGCCGCUAAUAACACCCGCACAACUGCCUCGGUCCCUUAUAAGACCCGCACAACUACCUCGGCCGCUAAUAGCACCCGCACAACUACCUCGGCCGCUAAUAGCGCCCGCCCAACUGCCCUAACGACUAAUACCAUACAUACAAGACAUCAUUCACCU